AGGCAACAAGGUCUGGACAGCCCCCAGACCCUGAUAUUUUUGUGGUGCUCACGCCCUUGAUCAAGAGCGAAGCUGCCAAGGAAAGGAUAGGUGGGUUCAUCCUAGUGAGGCAAUCCUUAACGACAUCUACCAUGGCGGCAGUCGCUAUGGAAAAUUGGUCGAGUGAGGAGCACAUGCGAGACCGUGCGCUUCGAGGAUUGCAGGUCGCUGUUGUUUCCGGCUUCAUGAAGGAUUGUCGGUCCGUACAAGAAUCUUGCCUGGGCCUAUGCAACGCGUGUCGAGAAGGGGUUCCAGUGGAGCGCAUGCUUGUCCGCGAAUGGGUGCCGCAGAUACUCCUGGCAAUGGUCCUCCCCAAUGCCGUUCAAGCGCAGCGGGAGGCCGAGAUCCCACCAACGAGAGUCCUGCACCCUCGCAGGGUGCUCAGGUUGGAGUGGACAUUCCGUAGCCAUGCAUGGUGGGCUGAGUCUACCGGACAGGUUCCUAAACCUUCGGCAGGUACUCCAAGCGUGGGCGACGUCGACUUUAACGAGGUGCAAUGGCCCGAAGGCACCAGGGAGAUUUCCUUGAUUCUAUUCGACAAGCCGGUGGAAGGGAUGGCGUGGCCGUUGGGUCUGGAGUGCCUAUCAUUCUGUGCCCUCCGAUCUGGGUGCGGGGCUUGGCACGUGUCAGAUAGAGGCUCAUUCAAUCGUUCGCUUGUUGGGGCGAAUUUUCCUGCGGGUCUGCGGGAGAUCUUCCUUGGGGAUGCUUUCGACCAGCCCAUCGAAGACGUUGUGUGGCCGCAAGGGCUUGAGAGACUGUCCCUCCCUGGCUGCAAUCAGCCUGUUGACAACGUGCGGUGGCCGCCGGCAUUGAAGUCCUUGGAAUUUACCUCGCCGUUGCAGAUCUGCCUCCGCGAAGACCCAAAUACGCGUUUAGACGAGCUUGACCUUGUGGGUGUCUUCGACUCCCCCUUCACUACUUUGCCAGCGAGCCUCGAGACUCUUUGGCUUGGUGACGAGUUUGGUCAGUCCCUUGAAAGCGUGAACUGGCCAAGUGGGCUUGUUACUUUAGGGCUUGGUUGUAGUUUUGAAGAGCUGCAUCGCGGUGUUUCGUGGCCCUCGAAUCUUCGAAACCUGUACUUGGUGAGAGAGGUCGAUUGGGUAGAGCGCCCCCCUUCCGGCUGUAAGGUGACUGUCGUGAAGGAUGACCCGGAUGAUGACAUGUACGACGUGGACUACGAUGACCUCUACGAUGGCGCACCUGUAUACGAUGUAGAUCACGACUACCGGGUCGCUUUCAAGGACUACUAUGAAUUGUGACCAAGAUGUGACGCACUUUUGUCCAGUGCUGAAUGUGGUAAGGGAGAUUCGUGGUACUAGGAAAAGUGAGCAAUGCUGUUAUUCUCGGACCGUGUUCGUAGGAAGGUCUUGUACAGUAGGUCGAGCAAGGAGUUUCUUCGUUGUUCGGUCAGCUCCGUCUUGGGUUGCGGUCUAAUUACACAUGAUUCCAUGAUUGAGUGCCCAUUAAUGCUGUUAAAACAGGCGGCGAGCAUUGUCACGGUCGCCCCGGUAGUCUAUGAUUGUUGGUACCCUCAAAAACCUUGCAGUGGUGGGCUUCAGUGGUUCGAAUCCCGGCGUGAGCAAUCUUUUCUUGCACAGUGAGUUUUUCGCUCGCUUCAGUUCCUGGCCUGGGUGGAAAGCGCUGUAAUCAAGUACACCGAGAAGAUAGUGCUGCACUAUCGAAGGCAACGCACCGCAGGAGGGGUGGCUGGGGGACCUCAGGGCGAGGAACUCUCGGUGACCAUGGGUUGGAGAAAACGGCACAAAUGCUGUGAGCACCGGUAUGAAGUGAAGGCCCGCGACUAAUUCCUCCAGAGUUUGAACCCUACCGUUGACGUCUGGGCCAUCGCAUUCAGGGUAGUUGGCAUUUUCAGUUACGGGCAGAACAGGGAUGAAAAGUCUUACGCUUGAGUAUGCGCAAAAAA